AUGGCGCCCAGUUUCGAUACCCUGUCUGAGCAGGACCUCCACGAGGAAGAGGAGGAGGAGAUUGACUUCUCCGAUCUCAAGGCGCAAUAUGAAGUUCAGGUUGAGGAAGGAUUGGACACAUUUAUCGUCAUCGACGGCCUCCCCGUUGUGCCCGAAGACAGCCGACAGAAGCUCGUGAAGUUCUUAUUGAGAAAACUCAACUCCGUCGGCAGCACAUCCGAAGAUGCGGUGUUCAUGCCCGUCAACGACAAGAAGCAGACCGAAGGAUUUGCCUUUGUGGAGUACGAAACCCCCGAGCAGGCUGUGGCCGCCGUCAAGCAGCUGCACGGCGUUCCUCUCGAUAAGAAGCACACCCUGGCCGUGAACAAGUUGAUGGAUAUUGAGCGUUAUGGUCGCGAAGGUCGGAUCGACGAAGAAUACAAGGCCCCCGCCCUGGAACCGUACAAGGAGAAGGAGCACCUGCGCUCGUGGAUGGGAGACGAAAAAGCCCGCGAUCAGUUCGCCCUCUACCGCGCCGACAAGGUUGGCGUCUUCUGGAACAACAAGACCAACCCCCCAGAGAAUGUUGUGGACCGCGCCCACUGGACACAACUUUUCGUUCAAUGGUCCCCCAAGGGAACCUUCCUCGCCUCCGUCCACCCCCAGGGUGUCCAACUCUGGGGAGGCGAGUCCUUCUCCAAGCAAAAGCAGUUCCCCCACCCCUUCGUGCAGUUGAUCGAGUUCUCCCCGCUCGAGGGCUACUUGACGACGUGGUCCGCACGCCCUAUCCAGGUCGAGGAAGGCCAACCCGUACUGACCUACGAGGAGGAUGGCAAGAACAUUAUUGUCUGGGAUAUCGAGACCGGCAAGCCCCUCCGUUCCUUUGUCUCACACGACCUCGCUGCCCCCGCUGCCAUCGAGGGCGACGUUGCACCCAAGAAGAAGGUGCAAUGGCCCGCGUUCAAGUGGUCCUCAGAUGAGAAGUACGUCGCUCGUAUGCUCCAGGGCCAGUCCAUCUCCAUCUACGAGCUCCCCAACAUGAACCUCCUUAACAAGACCUCCGUCAAGAUUGAGGGUGUUAUGGACUUCGAAUGGUCUCCCGCUACCGUCACCCGCGAGGGUGUCAAGCAGUACGAGCAAUUGCUCUGCUUCUGGACCCCGGAAAUCGGCAGCAACCCCGCCCGUGUUGGUAUGAUGAGCGUGCCCUCAAAGGAGGUUGUCCGUACCCGUAACCUGUUCAACGUUUCCGAUGUCAAGUUGCACUGGCAAUCCCAGGGUGCCUACGUCUGCGUCAAGGUCGACCGUCACUCCAAGUCCAAGAAGUCCAUGGCCACCAACCUGGAGAUUUUCCGCGUUCGCGAGAAGGGUGUUCCCGUUGAGGUUGUUGACAGCCUGAAGGAUACCGUCAUUAACUUUGCCUGGGAGCCCAAUGGAUCCCGAUUCGUUGCUAUCACAAACGGCGAGGCACCACAAGGCGCCGCCGUUGGCCCUAAGACUUCCGUCUCUUUCUUCGCACCUGAGAAGAAGGGUUACACAGCCGGUAACUUCAAGCUGGUGCGCACUGUCGAUAAGAAGACCAGCAACGGUAUCUACUGGUCCCCCAAGGGUCGUUUCGUUAUUGUCGCAACCGUCCACUCCCAGACCAGCUUCGAUAUGGACUUCUGGGAUAUGGACUUCGAGGGUGAGAAGGUUGAGGCCGAGAAGGAUCUCGCCGCCAACCUCCAGCUCAUGAAGACCGCUGAGCACUAUGGUGUCACCGAUAUUGACUGGGAUUCCACUGGUCGCUACGUUGUCAGCAGCGCCAGUGUCUGGACACACUCUAUGGAGAACGGCUGGAACAUGCACACCUUCUCCGGUACCACCCUUUCCGAGAACCCCACCGAAAAGUUCAAGCAGUUCCUCUGGCGCCCGCGCCCCGCCACUCUCCUCAGCAAGGAGGAGCAGAAGCAAGUGCGCAAGAACCUCCGCGAGUACUCAAAGGAGUUCGACGAGGAGGACAAGUACGCCGUGGACAUCGCCAACACUGCUGUUGUGGAGACCCGCAAGCGCGUGCUCAGCGAGUGGCUCGCCUGGCUCCGUCGCGAGAAGGAGCUCCUGGCCGAGGAGAAGGAGGUCUUCGGAUUGCCCGAAGAUGCAGAUACACCCAAGGCGGCCCGCGACGCCCCCCCUGUUGUCGAGGACCAGGGCGACUCCGUGGUCGAAGAGAUUGUCGAAGAGAUCGUCGAAGAGACCGAGGAGGUCAUUGGAUGA